AUGGCCCAAGCCGACGCCGAGCGCGUCCCCCCGGCGUGGCUGCGGCCGCUGCUGGAGACGAAGUACUUCGAGGUGUGCCCCGACCACCCGCUGGGCGCGAGCCGCGGGACGCGGAGCGGCGGCACCUGCAACUUCUUCUGCACCGACUGCCCCGGCCGCGCCCUCUGCACCUCCUGCCUGGCCGGCCAUCCUGGCCACAAAGUCAUCCAGAUCCGCAAGUUGUUCGGCCACGGCGUGGUGAGGGUGGCGGACGUGGAGGCCCUGCUGAACGUGUCGGAGAUGCAGCCCUACCUCCUGAACUGCCACCAUGUGGUCUUCCUGAACAAGCGGCCCAUGGCCGGGCAAGGCCGCACCGGGGAAAUCAUGUGCGCCGAGUGCGAGCGGGCAAUCCUCGACGCAGCGUGUCGCUUCUGCUCCAUUGGCUGCAAGCUUGCAGCGUUGCCUGAUGAUUUGGAUUUCACUGUCUCAUUCGCUGUUGCACCAAAAAGUGACAGCGAAUCAUUAGGAGGCAAUGAUUCAGACUCAUCAACAGAUGAUCACACUUUUCGCCCGAGCGGAUCAAGGUCUGCGAAACUUGGGAGAGGAAAUUCAGCUCAAGAGGGUGAAGCCGGGACCAGCGGCGCCUCCAAGCUGUCCAGCCAGCAUCGCCGGAGUAAGGGCGUCCCAGAGAAUUUCUGA